CCUUACGGCCCUUCCUCUCGCUUCCUCUCGCUCCCGACCUUUUCCGCCUUCUCCUUCCUCUCUUCCGUUUGGCGAGCAACUCGGGCGGCGGCGGUGGGGAUGAGCGUGUGGAACUACGUGGUGACGGCUCACAAGCCGACCAACGUCACCCACUCGUGCGUCGGCAACUUCACCAGCCCCCAAGAGCUCAACCUCAUCAUCGCUAAAUGCACACGCAUUGAAAUCCAUUUACUUACGCCUCAUGGACUGCAGCCCAUGUUGGAUGUACCUAUAUAUGGAAGAAUUGCCACACUCGAACUUUUUCGUCCGCAUGGUGAACCUCAAGAUUUUCUAUUUAUCGCUACGGAGAGGUACAAAUUCUGUGUUCUUCAGUGGGAUGCAGAGACAUCAGAGCUUAUUACAAGAGCAAUGGGUGAUGUUUCUGAUCGAAUUGGUCGUCCAACAGAUAACGGACAGAUUGGUUUGAUUGACCCUGACUGUCGGUUGAUUGGCCUCCACUUGUAUGAUGGUCUAUUUAAGGUUAUACCAUUCGAUAAUAAAGGACAGUUAAAGGAAGCUUUUAACAUCAGGCUUGAAGAACUUCAAGUUUUAGAUAUAAAAUUUCUUUAUGGCUGUUUGAAGCCUACAAUUGUGGUCCUGUACCAAGAUAACAAGGAUGCUCGGCAUGCUAAGACUUAUGAGAUAGCGCUCAAGGAUAAGGACUUUGUUGAGGGUCCAUUGUCUCAUACUAAUCUUGAUAACGGGGCUGGUAUUCUGAUUCCUGUGCCCAUGCCCCUUGGUGGUGUCAUAAUUAUAGGGGAGGAGACGAUCGUUUAUUGUAGUGUUUCUGCUUUUAAAGCUAUACCAAUCAGACCGUCAAUUACAAGGGCCUAUGGAAGAGUUGAUGCAGAUGGCUCUCGGUACUUGCUUGGUGAUAACGCAGGCCUUCUACAUUUACUCGUCAUCACUCACGAGAGGGAAAGAGUAACUGGUCUGAAAAUUGAGCACUUAGGAGAGACCUCUGUUGCAUCAACAAUAUCUUAUCUUGAUAAUGCAGUUGUGUAUAUUGGUUCAAGCUAUGGUGAUUCACAGCUUAUAAAACUGAAUCUACAACCUGAUGCAAAGGGUUCAUACGUUGAAGUUCUUGAAAAAUAUGUCAACCUGGGGCCUAUUGUGGAUUUCUGUGUUGUUGAUCUUGAGAGGCAAGGUCAGGGUCAGGUUGUUACCUGUUCGGGAGCUUAUAAAGAUGGAUCCCUCCGCAUAGUCCGAAAUGGAAUAGGGAUUAAUGAACAGGCAUCUGUAGAACUUCAAGGUAUCAAAGGGUUAUGGUCCUUGCGGUCUUCUACUAAUGAUCCAUAUGACACCUUCUUGGUGGUAAGCUUCAUCAAUGAGACACGUGUCCUGGCAAUGAAUAUGGAUGACGAAUUAGAAGAAUCUGAGAUAGAAGGAUUUUGCGCAGAAGCCCAAACCUUAUUUUGUCAAAAUGCCAUCCAUGAUCAACUUGUGCAGGUUACUGCUAAUUCUGUUCGAUUAGUGAGUUCCACCACUCGAGAGUUGCUGCAUGAGUGGAAUGCACCUUCAGGCUACUCAGUCAACGUUGCAACUGCUAAUGCCUCCCAGGUUUUGUUGGCCACUGGCGGUGGCCAUCUUGUUUACUUAGAGAUUGGAAAUGGGAAGCUGGCCGAAGUUAAACAUGUACAAUUGGACUAUGAGAUAUCUUGUCUUGACAUAAAUCCAAGUGGUGAAAAUCCUAAUUAUAGCACAUUAGCCGCAGUUGGUAUGUGGACAGAUAUUAGUGUCAGGAUAUUUUCACUUCCUAGCCUAGAACUACUUGCAAAAGAAAAUCUGGGAGGUGAAAUUAUUCCUCGAUCUGUUCUUCUAUGUACCUUUGAAGGGGUAUCUUAUCUUCUGUGUACCCUUGGAGAUGGACACCUGCUCAAUUUUCUACUGAAUUUGAGCACCGGUGAAUUAUCUAAUAGGAAGAAGGUCUCUCUUGGUACUCAGCCUAUUAUGCUCAGAACAUUUUCUUCAAAGGAUACCACACAUGUAUUUGCAGCAUCAGAUAGACCUACAGUUAUCUACAGUAGCAACAAGAAGUUACUCUAUAGUAAUGUGAAUUUGAAGGAAGUCAGCCACAUGUGUCCAUUUAAUUCAGCUGCUUUUCCUGACAGCCUUGCAAUAGCAAAAGAAGGUGAACUUUCAAUUGGAACUAUAGAUGAUAUCCAAAAGCUUCACAUUCGCACAAUUCCUCUGGGGGAACAUGCACGUCGAAUUUGCCAUCAGGAGCAGUCUCGAACAUUUGCCAUUUGUAGUCUCAAGAACUGCCAGACGAGUAAUGAGGAGACAGAAAUGCACUUUGUUCGCCUGUUGGAUGAUCAAACCUUUGAGUUCAUAUCAACCUACCCUCUUGAUACCUAUGAAUACGGUUGCUCCAUUAUUAGUUGUUCAUUCUCAGAUGACAAUAAUGCGUAUUACUGUGUUGGAACAGCUUAUGUUUUGCCUGAAGAAAAUGAGCCUAGCAAGGGAAGAAUCCUGGUUUUUGUAGUUGAAGAUGGGAAAUUGCAGUUGAUUGCUGAAAAGGAAACCAAGGGUGCUGUGUACUCUCUCAAUGCUUUCAAUGGUAAAUUGCUGGCUGCUAUUAAUCAGAAAAUCCAACUAUACAAAUGGAUGCUUCGGGAAGAUGGAUCAAGGGAAUUGCAGGCAGAGUGUGGACAUCAUGGGCAUAUACUUGCUUUGUAUGUUCAAACUCGCGGUGAUUUCAUUGUUGUUGGUGAUCUGAUGAAAUCUAUAUCUCUGUUGUUAUACAAGCACGAGGAAGGUGCGAUAGAGGAGCUAGCUAGGGAUUAUAAUGCAAACUGGAUGUCAGCUGUUGAGAUUCUUGAUGAUGAUGUCUUUCUCGGUGCUGAGAACAACUAUAACCUUUUUACAGUGCGGAAAAAUAGUGAUGCAGCUACAGAUGAGGAGCGAGGCCGGCUUGAGGUUGUUGGUGAAUACCACCUUGGAGAGUUUGUCAACCGCUUUCGACAUGGAUCACUGGUAAUGCGACUUCCGGAUUUGGAGGCAGGCCACAUUCCGACGGUUAUAUUUGGCACUAUCAAUGGUGUCAUUGGGGUGGUAGCGUCCCUUCCUCAUGACCAAUAUGUGUUCCUUGAGAAGCUCCAGGCCAACCUCGUGAAGGUAAUAAAGGGGGUGGGUGGCCUGAGCCAUGAGCAAUGGCGAUCGUUCAACAACGAAAAGAAGACAGUGGAUGCCAGGAACUUCUUGGAUGGAGACUUGAUCGAGUCUUUCCUUGAUCUCAGCCGCAGUCGGAUGGACGAGAUAGCAUCCUCCAUGGGAGUUCCAUUGGAGGAGCUUUGCAAGAGAGUGGAGGAGCUGACAAGAUUGCAUUGAAGAAUGUCUCGGAUGGGAACUCAUUUUGCUGCUUCUUCAUGUUACAGCGGGCUUCCUCCUAAGGCGGUACAUGGUGACUUGAUGGGACUGUGUGCCCAAGUGAAGGAUGCAUGUAAGCUGUCGUUUACCAUCUGUUUUAUAAGCUACCAUCUGUUUACCAUAUGUUUUAUAAGCUACCAUCUGUUUACCAUUCAGGGUCACAGUUUUUUGAUCAUUUUCCGUAAAUGGUUUUAUUUUGUGCGGAAAAUGUGGUGUGGCCCUGUCCUCGUGUCGUCGAUAUUUAUUGCUUGCUGAUUGUGAUAUGUUUUUAUUUUA